ACCACCGACUACCGCCGCUCAUAGAGACCCCGGUUUUCACAAUGAUAGACGCGAAAGAAGGUAACAACCUUUCGAACCCCUCUGCUGAGGGCAAUUGCUAAUGAUCCCCGAGUUGCAAAGCACAACACCUCCUCGAGCUGCUGGGUAAUAAUCCACAAUACAGUCUAUGACGUAACCGACUUCCUCUCCUCCCAUCCGGGCGGUACAAAGGCCAUCCUGUCCCUUGCUGGACAAGACGCAACAGAAGAAUACGACCCCAUACACCCCCCCGGCACUCUCGAGGAGUCCUUAGAAAAGUCGCAAAUCCUUGGACCCAUCGACCCGUCCACCAUCGCAACCAUCACGCCUACGUCAUCGCUAACCUCCUCAUCCCCCGGGAAGGGCGGGGGGGAAAGCGGUAUCCCACCUCUAUCGGAGCAACUAAACCUCGACGACUUCGCCAUCACAGCUGAGAAGGUGCUCUCGCCAAAAGCGUGGGCGUACUACUCCUCCGCUAGCGACGACCUAUUGACGAAGAAGCACAACAACACAGUAUACCAGCAGAUCCUCCUCCGCCCGCGAAUAUUCAGGGACGUCCGCGACGUGGAUACCCGAACAACGAUAUGCUCAUCCCCCAUCGCCUUUCCGGUAUUCGUUGCGCCCGCAGCGUUGGCGAGACUGGCGCACCCGUCCGGCGAAGCCGGCAUCGCGGAAGCGUGUGGGAGAGAGGGCGUUCUGCAGUGCGUUAGCACCAACGCGAGUCUGAAGCCCGAGCAGGUUAUGGCCGGGAGAGUGAGCGACAAUCAACCCGCUUGGUUCCAAUUGUACGUUAAAGAUGACCGAGGGAAGAGCGAGGCACUACUGAAGCGGGUGGAUGCGUUGGGCUUCACGGCUGUGGUGCUGACGCUUGACGCGCCCACCCCGGGAAAGAGGGAGGCGGACGAAAGGGUCCAGAACGCUGGGAGCACGGUGAGCGCUGCGUCCGGGGAGGGGAUGCAGGAGGGAGGUGGAAGUAGAGGACUCGGAAAGGCACUCUUCGCCGGCACCACGCCGUCGCUGACAUGGGAGGAUAUAAAGUGGCUGAGGAAACAUACCAGAUUGCCGAUAAUUCUGAAGGGUUUGCAGACGCAUGAGGACGCUGCUAUGGCUGCUAGGAAGGAGAUUCUCGAGCUUGGUGUUACCGGGAUCGUAUUAUCUAAUCAUGGUGGACGGGCGGCAGACACCGCUCCUCCCCCCGUGUAUGUGCUCAUGGAGAUUCGGAGGCACGCUCCCGAGGUGUUCAAUAGGCUCGAGGUGUAUGUCGAUGGUGGGAUUCGGCGUGGGACGGAUGUUGUCAAGGCACUCUGUUUGGGUGCUAAGGCCGUUGGGAUUGGUCGACCAGCGUUGUUUGGAUUGAGCGGCUACGGGGUCGAUGGGGUUCGCCGGGUGUUGACCAUACUCCGACAGGAGAUCGAGACUGCUAUGAGGCUGCUCGGGGUCUGCUCUGUGGGGGAGUUGGGAUUGGGACACGUAAGUGAUCUGCCGUGAUAACCCCUCGGGGAGUAGUGCUGACUGGUUAUGGUGGUGAUUGUAGGUCAAUACUAGAGCAUUGGACGGACUAAUUUACCAGGAGCCGCAAGAGCUGUCGGGCGGAGAGGUCAAGGCGAAGUUGUAG